AUGGCAGGCGCGCGCUUCUUUCUGUCCCUGGCCCUCCGAAGGGCCGCCCAAUCAUCGCGCAGCCAAACGAGGACUUCCAUCGUCGAUACCGCCAUCCCUGCGUCGAGGCGCUCCAAGUCUACCAACUCUACAUCUGCCCUCGCUUACAAGGCUCUUCAUCGACGAUCUCCUCUGCCUCUGCCAGUCUCCGACUACACCUCGCCUCAGUAUGGCGCAGCUGCAGCCGUCUCUUCCAUCCUUUACGAGACUCCAGUGGCAUCUCAGGCACCGCCUAAGAAGCAUAUCCUGAACUGCUUGGUACAGAAUGAGCCCGGUGUCCUGUCUCGCGUGUCUGGUAUCCUGGCUGCUAGAGGGUUCAACAUCGACUCUUUGGUCGUUUGUAACACCGAAGUGGAGGAUCUGAGUCGAAUGACGAUUGUGUUGCAAGGACAAGACGGCGUCGUUGAGCAAGCCCGGAGACAGCUGGAAGACCUCGUGCCUGUCUGGGCUGUUCUGGACUACACCUCUUCCGCACUUGUGCAGCGCGAGCUCUUGUUGGCUAAAGUUUCCAUCCUCGGCCCCGAGGUCUACGAGGAGCUCAUGGAGCAUCAUCGUGAACUGACCAGCCCCGAGUACGAAUCGAGCUCGAUAGAAAAUGCCGAGGAAAAUGCCUCCAAAAGGCUUCAGGAACUCGAGUCGAACCACUCUGAAGAAGCAAGCAUUGUCGAGCGCGCCAAAGAAAUGCUUGGACAAGGUGCAAGCUAUCACCCCAGUCGCCUCGCCGCCAGCCAGGCAUUGCGCCAUAAACAUGAACAUCUCGAAGCCAUCACUCACUUGACCCAUCAAUUUGGGGGCAAGGUUCUCGAUAUUAGCACCAACAACUGCAUCGUGGAAGUCUCGGCUAAGCCAAGUCGAAUCGAUUCUUUUAUGAAACUGAUCGCUCCCUUUGGUAUUUUGGAGUCCACCAGAACCGGGUUGAUGGCAUUGCCUCGAUCACCCCUGUAUGGACCCAACGAGGAAAGUCAAAAGGAUGCCGACGAAGUUGUGGAUAUUAGCACUCUACCUCCCGGUUGA